GUUUCUCUCUUGGCCUACUGCGAUAUUAAAUUCGCAGUUGUUGUAACCAGUUGUUUUCACUGGCCCAGUCGAUCAUCACAAAUAAAAAUAAACCAAAAGCGCACCUUUUUUGUUCUGUUCUAGACACGCGAAAUAUUCAUUAUAUAAUAUAAUACAACAUAAUUUCGAAAUGUUCAAGCUAGUGCUGUUGUUUACGUGUUUAGCCUUUUUGGACUCGGCAUACGGCUUAAGAUGUAUUAGUUGUAACUCAGUCAAAGAUCCCGAUUGUGCUAAUCAGCCCCCUCAGAAGUAUAGUGUCGAAUGUGCCCAUUUGGUUCUCAACAUAUACGACUCCUUCUGCCUCAAAAAAGUGACAAAAGACCGCGAUGGUAAAGAAACCACCGUUCGUAAAUGUUCAGCAGUUGAAAAUAAAGAUUUUACCAAUGAAUGUUCUGUAAAUCCUGGAACAGAGUUAGUUUAUUGUCAGGAAUGUAAGGACGAUUUGUGUAAUUCUGCAAACACGAAUCGCUUCACAUUCUUGGGAAUUAUGAGUGCAAUCUUAGUUUAUUUUGUCACUAAUCACUUUUAAUUUUCCGAUUUUUAUCAUAAUUUAAAAUUUAUAUAGCCUACUCUCAUAAUUAUUAAAAAUAUUGAUCUGACAUCGUAAUUUUAAA